UGAGCAUCUGUGUUAGUUAUAUUGUAAGGUAGGAAAGUGUGUCCCAACCCUAUAGCUAGCAGCUCUACCCUCCACCCUACCCGGUUCUGCCGCCUAGUGUUAGCUAGCAGCUCCGACAAAUUAGGAAAAGAUUGGCGCGGCCGUCUGGUAAAUGUGUGCCGCAAACACCAGACAAACGCUGAGAAAGCCAGAUAGCUGGAAAAGUCCCAGGUUUACUGGUGAUAUCUCGGCCAGUCUUUCAACAAAAACAUGAAAAAUCUUGGAUUUUAGAGGAAAAGGGUUGUAUUGAACUGGUCCCAAGUGAAUAACUAGUGAUAUUAUUCAAGAUUAAAGGAUAUUUGUUAAACCAUUAAACCCCAGUAUUCCUUAGUUUCAGUAUUUUAACUAUAGUUUUUAUAUAAACCCUAGUGAACCCAACUCGUCUUCGAAACAAAGCAACAAACUUACUUGUUGAAUUUUCUUCAUAAACCAAGUAUGAAAUCAUGUUAGAAUAUGCGUGUAAACGACAGAAAAGUAUUUCUAACGACGAAUUAGCUAUGUGCUUGACUUUUCUAUACCCUAGAACCGUUAGUAUUCACCAGCUAUCCGACUCUACCAACUUUAUUGUAAACAAUUCCUCCGACGACCAGAAAUGUGACACCAGUUCUCAAUGUGAAUCCGAAACUCGCUGUGCUCGCGAUAGAGCUAGGUUUGGUCUAGAUUUUAUAAUAUGUCUACUCUGAGUGAUGUAUUGCCCCCAUCAAGUACUAAGGAUGCCCUAUCUGCUCCCCCCGCACCCAAACAAGGAGCCCUGGAUAGACUUAAGAGACGAAUGGAAAAUUAUCGAGAUAUGCAGAACACUCGUCUACCCCAAUACGAUCAGACGAUGAACCAAGUUAAUACUCAACAAUUACAAGAAACGAAAGUGUUGCGUCAAAAAUUUCUAGAAUCUAAAGCUAAGAAGCCGAGUAAAAAGUCAAGUUCUAGUUCAGAGAAAGUUAAGCAGGAAAUAAAUGCUAUGAACAAUAUGAAUGGAAUGAUGCAAUUUCACGCUCAUAACAGUUCUAGCCUUGGACAACCGGGUCCCCAGGGACACCCUGGACUAGGACCUGGGCAUCCGGGGCAUGCCAUGAAUCAUGCCGGAUCUCAACCGCAUAUGAUGCACCACUCCUCUAUGCCCCAAAAACGGCCACUGGACGAGGAUACCAAAAAUACUCCUGACACUGCCAAAAGACUAAAUUUAGAUAAUGGUAUUUCUAGUGAGGGUUCCCUGGGUUCCCACAACUCUGUAAAACGGGAACCAAGUCCCGUAGAAUCAAAAUGUCAACCUGGUGCCGCAGCUUUUUCAAGCAAUUCAGUGCAAAAUAAUAAUUCUUCAUCUAAUAAUAGUGCUACUAAUAAUUCUGAAUCUUGUACAGACGUUAAACCCAACUUAAACAUUAAGACUGAAGAUACAAGUUUAGAGUUUGGUAAUAGUCAAUCCAUUCACGAGGAAGCAGAUAGUAAAAUUAAAUCCGAAGUAGACUCUUUAAAACAAGAAGAUACGUUGGGUGAUUUAGACCUAAAAGAUUUCGAUGGAUUUGACGGUAUGAACACUGAUGCUUUCCAAGACCUCAUGGAUGACCUUCCAGAAUUUGACAAAAAUUUUUACGAAACCCUAGAUUUUGAUGAUAAUAAGAAUGGAGAGGAUGUAGAAGGGGAGGAGAAGGUGCAGGAAGCUCCUGAAACUGUUCCUAGCUCUCAAAACCAGUGCCAUACCCCUCCUACAAGCCAAUCCAACCCUGUGUCUUCAAUGUCAAUGAUGCCAGGAGUGUCCAACGGUUCCAACACUGCCCAACAACCUAAUGCUGCUGAGGCUCUGAAAAUGAUGGCGCAGCAGCAUCAACAACCAAAUAUGGGCAUGGAAGGACCCCCCAGUUCCAUGCCAGGCCAGUACCCUGGCCAGAUGUACAGUGAUAGAAACUAUACCGUCCCUAAUAGUGCCAUGGACCCAAGAGCUUGCCCUACCUCAGGGAUGAACACCACCAUGGCUCCGAGCCCGGGUAUGAUGAUCAGACCUAGGAUGCAGGACGGAGAUCCUCGUCUCAGGGCAGCAGUGCAGCAAAGGUUCAGAUUAGGCAACCCAAUGAGCGUAGCUAACUCUAUACCUGGAGCAGGGUCCAACAUGGCUGUAUCAGCCUCUAUGCAGGGUGGAGGACAGCCUCUAACUGAUCAGCAGAGGAUGGAGAUGAUGCAGAGGAGUAAUCCCAACAUGAUGAUGGGAGGAGGACCUAACCCAGGGAUGGGACCUGGCAUGAGCAUGAUGGGACAACAGCAGAUGGGAGGAAUGCGACCUGGAAUGACCCCUCAGCAGAUGGCUAUGAUGCGGAUGCGGAUGCAGCAGCAGCAAAGCAUGAUGCGAGGGAUGGACCCCGGGAUGCCGAUGAUGCCGAACGGGUCCAGCAUGGAGAUGAUGGGACCCAACGGAAUGAUGAUGCGGGCUAACGGUCCCUCUAUGGGAAUGUCCCGGACCCCUGGGAUGGGCGGGAUGAUGGGUCCUGGUGGCGGGAUGAUGCCGGGAAUGGGAGGAAUGAUGCAGCAUCCUCAAAUGCAGCAUGGCAUGGGUUCAAGACCUCCUCCUCCGGAGUAUGGAAUGACUUCACAGUCGCAGAAUAUGCCUUAUAUGAUGAGCCAGAUGCCUAUGGGCCAGGGCCCCCAUAUGCGGGGUAUGGUCCCUGGAGGAAUGGCCCCUGGAAUGGUUGCUCCUAACCGCAGCGUGUCUGGUAGUGUACGGAACCCAGGAAUGCAGCAAAUACCUCCUUCUGGACCUAUGAUGAGGCAUCAGGUGGAGGCCCCUAUGGGAGAGAGAAUGCGCGGACCCGCCCACCCCUCACAGAUGAGUGGGGCUUCACAUCCCUCUCAGAUGGGUGGACCUUCUCAUCCAUCACAAAUGGGUGGCCCAAAUCACCCUUCUCAAAUGGGAGGGCAAUCUCAUCCCUCCCAAAUGAGCGGACCAUCCCAUCCAUCUCAAAUGGGUGGGCCCAACCACCCCUCUCAAAUGGGCGGGCCCAACCAUCCCUCUCAAAUGGGCGGACCAUCUCAUCCUUCUCAAAUGGGCGGACCAUCCCAUCCCUCUCAAAUGGGUGGACCCAACCAUCCUUCCCAAAUGGGUGGGCCCAACCACCCCUCUCAAAUGGGCGGGCCUAACCAUCCGUCUCAAAUGGGGGGGCCUACCCAUCCCUCUCAAAUGGGCGGGCCCAACCAUCCCCAAAUGGGUGGACCUACCCAUCCUUCUCAAAUGGGUGGAGGAAUGACCCCUAACAUGAUGAUGAUGAGUGGAAUGAAGGGAGGGAUUAAUAUGGGAAUGGGAAUGAACCCUGGAAUGGUUGGAUCUGGUGGAAGUGGACCAACUAGCAAUGGAAGCAAUGGAAGCUGGCAGGGUCAACAAAUAGGCAGUCCAGGCAGCAUGCAUAGGCAGAGCCCUGGUCUCCAGGGAGAGGGCAUGCCGACCAGAAUGCCAACAAUAGGUAGCAUACAUCCAAACAUGCCAAUGGAAGCUAGGCGAGGAUCUCCAGGACUUCCAGGUGACCCUCCGAUGAUACAGCGGCAUAACGUGAGAAACCCAACUCCUGCUUCCUUCUCCCCCAACCCAUCUUCAUUCUCUCCCAACCCUGCCUCCUUUAGUCCCAACCCUGCUUCCUACUCUCCCAACCAUGCCUCCUACUCUCCCAAUCCGUCCUAUUCUCCCAACCCUGCCUUCCCAACUAGUAUGCCAAGCCAAAUGGGUGGACAGAUGAGUAUGGGAGGUAUGCGUAUGCCCGGAAUGCAAGGAAUGACCGGUAUGCCCGGUCAGAGACCCAUGGGACCCCAGACAGUAGGACCGGGUCCAGGAUCAGGACCAGGACAAAAUAUGGGACCAGGACCUAAAAUGGGACCCGGCGGACAAAUGGGACCUGGUGGUCAAAUGGGACCUGGAGGUUCUCAAAUGGGACCUGGAGGACCACAAAUGGGACCCGGUGGACAACAAAUGGGACCAGGUUCUAAAUCUGGCCCCGGAUCACUAGUUGGCUCAGGGCAACAGAUGGGCCCAGGACAGCAGAUGGGACCAGGACAAAUGGGACAUGGCCCUGGACCUAUGGGACCUCAGGGUCAGUCCAUGGGGCAGCACAUGCAAGGGAUGGGUGGGGGCCAGCAUUCAAUGCCCUCUCAUCAUAUGGGAGCCCAACAAAGAAACUCACCGAUGAAUUCCGUACCUCAUUCUCCUCACCCCGCCCCCUCACCACACAAUAUGAUCCCUCCCUCCCCUCACAUGGCUCCCUCUCCAAUGUCACAGGCUCACAUGUCCCCCCACCCCAACAUGUCCCCACAUCCUAAUAUGUCACCAGCCACACAUAAUCCAUCAGGGAGAGAAGAUUUCAAUCUUGAUUUAUUUGAAAAUAUUUCUCCGCCGGCGACAAAAGCCGGUCAACAUCCUUCUGCCUCAAAGCAUCCGCCGGGGCAACAUUCUUCCGCCCAACAAAGCUCAGGCCAGCUCCAUCCAGGACAUCAACAAGGCCUUCAAGGACAACAAAGUCAAGUGCCGCAUGCUGGACACCCUAGUGGGCAGCAUGCAGGACAUUCAGUGCAUCCUGGUCACCAGGGUCAGCAUCCUGGACACCAGGGCCAGUAUCCUGGACAUCCACAUCAGCAUGCCGGGAUGCCGGCAAGUGAAGAUGAAUUAUUGAACUUAUUUUCCUAGUUUUCUUAGUUAAAUCCUACACUCAGAUCAAUGAAUAAAUUAUUUAUGCAUAAUAAU